AUGGCGUCCGCACAUCAAACCCCGACACCGAUAUAUCUAGACGGUACGACGCUCGAAGGUGGAGGCCAACUCCUACGGGUAGCCCUUGGCCUCUCGAGCCUAACGAAAAAGUCAAUCCACAUCGACAAGAUCCGAGGCAAGCGAUCUGGCGGUGGAGGACUCAAAGCUCAGCAUUUGACGUGCGUGCAGUGGCUAGGCCAGGCAAGCGAUGCAGACAUUAACGGUGCAGAACUCAAGAGCAAGGAAAUCACUUUCAGCCCAUCCAAGACCGUCGAAAGUAUCAACAGUGCACUGAGUGUUGGCCAAGUACGCAUCAAACAGAAUACCCCCGGAAGUGUCAAUCUAGUCCUACAAGCCAUCUUACCGUACAUCAUCUUCUCUGGAGUUCAAACGUCGAUGCGUGUACGCAUUGAUGGAGGCACCAACGUUUCCAACUCCCCGUCCAUCGAUUAUGUUGGGCAGGUCCUCGUACCAAUGCUAAGCCUUAUCGGUAUACCACACAUCGACAUUCAGAUCCACUCACGGGGUUGGUCACAAGGAAGUGCUACUGUUGGUAGCGUCACGUUCACAAUUCCGCCCAUGAAAGAAAGACUAUCAGCGUUUCAAUUACUCGAUAGAGGAGAAAUCAUCAGUCUAACGGCGACCGCCAUCGCACCCAAAGAUACUGAGCGGCAGUUUCGCGAGGAACUCGAUGUUAUGUUGGAGCGUCUAGGGUCUUGUUUCUUCGGCUAUGCGGGUGGACACGAUGAUAGGGUGGAGACUACUUUUGAAGAUUCACACCACGACAAACGUUACUACCUCCUACUAGCAGCUACCACGUCCACUGGCAUGAAGCUUGGCCGCGACUGGCUAUAUGAUCGUGGGGUUCGGGCUGGAACGCUCGAACAGAUCAUCCCUACCAUUGUGAAGAAGGUAUCCGCUAAUUUGUUAGCAGAGAUCGAGCAUGGUGGCUGCGUGGAUGAGUAUCUGCGCGACCAGUUAGUUGUGUUCCAGGCACUCGCGGAAGGAAGGAGCCAGGUGUACGGGGGAAAGAGGAAGGAAGUGUCGGUGGAACCGAGUUUGCAUGCUAAGACGGCGCAGUGGGUUACAAAAGAAAUACUGGAUGUUGAUUUCGAUGAUGAAGGAGGGUGCGAAGGCAUUGGAUUCUCGCCAGGUAUUGUGGAUAAGCAUGAUGUGAAGGGGGAUGACAUUGUGAAGGAUCUGGGAAGGUUGAGCAUCUCUUCUUGA